AUGUCGACCAUUCAAGCUACAGAUAAUGCAUAUGAGUCUUUCUUUACUCGAUAUGCUUAUCUGUGCAAACUAGCUGCCAACAAGGACAGGGAGAUUGAGAGGGUGACGCACUGGCACUUGGUUGAAAUCAUCGCGCUGUUGAAGGACCACGGCUCGACCCGAGAGGAAAUCGCCGUCAUGCAGAACCCAGUCAUUGCACAUUCCGAGAGUCUAGCUAGGACUUUGGUCGACUUAGCUGCUGGUCUAUGGCUGAUGCUUUUGAUUAGCAAGUAUCCAGGCGAUAUCUCGUAUGACGAGCCAAUAAUUUGGGGGGACAACGAGAAACUAGGGGAGGAACAACACGAGCUGAACGAAGGAUUGAUCAACAAAAACUUCUCUUAUCGCUACAAUUCGACUGAUCUGGUCAAAUUACCGCAGGCUUUCACCGCCGCCCAUUUGGAACAAAUUGGUGGGAUCAAAGUGGAAUGGACAAGCAAUCUCGCAGACCACCUUCUACUCAAGGACGACGAUACUAAGCUUAUGCUAUUCCAUCAAGUCUCUAUUUUGCAACUUCACAAGAAGUCUCCAACCACUCUCUUGCCCAAGGUUCUUGUGGACGAGACAAUCCGGUCCAUAUCCCUUCUCAUACCACCAGUACUGGGGAAACCAAACCCAUGGUUCCAGCAGCAGCGGAAGAAAUGGCUGAUCGAUGCACAAGCUGGCGUGUGUCAUCGACUCAAUAGCUCUGAGCGGCAGAUCGAGAAGUUUGUGUAUUGGAGAGAGCGUCUAGUACUGCUGAAGCGGACGUUUGAUGACGCGGAGCCUAGGAACAUUUCGCAGCUGUGGUGGGAUGAUCGGAAGAAGACGCAGUGGUUCACCUUUUGGGUUGCCGUGUUGGUCUUCAUUAUGACCGUCUUCUUUGGCGUAGUGCAGUCGGUGGCGGGGAUUGUGCAGGCUUGGGCGUCGGUGCAGAGCCUGAAGGCGCAGAAAGCGCAGAAUUAG